UGCACCAUAAUAUUUUGCUGUCAGUGUCAGGUCGAGCCAAAACAAAGUGCGCUCCGCCAGUACCAGUGAGAAAAAGGCGCACACCGGGCUGACCCGGCGGGAUGCUGUGUGGCCAUUUCGUUUAGCACGCCCCGCGGACCAAAACCCCAUACCGAAAGGAUGUUUACGCUACGGCACCGGUGGUUGGCGGUGCUGGGAAGAAGUGGCGCUGAGCGGCAGUACCAUGGACUGACCCCGAUGUGCAAGGGUGCUGCCGGUGACAGGGACCGGCUGCUGGUACGCCAGCUCGAGCCGAACCUGGUCCGGCCGACCGUACUGGCGAGCGGGCUGUUCUGGGAGCGCCACCGGAAGGGCGGCUACCAGACGGAGCAGCGCGCCUCGACGAAAGAUCUGAUCGUGAACGGGCUGAAGGAGCUGCGGACCGAGUUUGCGCUGUUCCAGCAGGAGUGGAAGGAGAAGCUGGAAAGCGAUCCGCUGGUCGUGUUCCGGCCGGGCGAGAUCGACGUGGUGUUCGGGUUCGAAAGCCAGCCCGACCUCGACCGGUGGGUGGUGACGACGGACCGGGACCACGGCGAGGGCUACUCCCAGGCCGCACUCGAGCGCAGUCCGGCCGGGUUCGGGCUGUUUCACGGCACGCUCGAGUCGCGCGUACCGAAGGACGGCCGCAUCAAGCGGGCCGGCUACGCCAACAUCAAAAGCCUGCGCGUACGGAAAUCGUUCAAGCGGGACGCCUUCUACGAUUGGAGUCAGUACAAUACGCUCGUGCUGAAGGUGCGGGGCGAUGGCCGCUCGUACCUGAUCAACCUGACCGCGGAGGGCUACUACGACAUCCUGUGGAACGACAUCUACCAUUACGUGCUGUACACGCGGGGCGGCCCCCACUGGCAGGUGGCCAAGAUACCGUUCUCCAAGUUUUUCCUCGCUUCCAAGGGCCGGGUCCAGGACCAGCAGGGCCCGGUACCGCUGAACCGCAUCACGAACGUGGGCUUCUCGGUGGGGUCGCGCGGCGGCCACGAGGGCUCCUUCCGGCUCGAGUUUGACUUCAUCGGCGUGGAGUUUGACCCGUCGCACCAGGAAGAGUUUGCGUACGAGAUGUACCGCCAGCCGAAGUAUAUUGUAGCGACGUAGGGAGCGGGUCGGACGGACUCGAUGCUCGAUGGUAAACGUUUGGGGGGAGUUGUAGGAUGAAGGUUUUUCAUGUAAUAAAAUAGAUACGCUUAUCUCUAUGCUAAUUUGUACAGCACA